AACAGGCAUAUAUUUCCCCCCUUCCCCCUCCUCCUCUUCCUCGAAUCCAUACAGGAGCCUACCCAGGGGCUAAACCAAGGGGUGAAGACAGUACAUGCAGAGGGACGAAAAUUAGAAUUUUUUUGGGCGGGAAAAAAACCCCAACCUUUUUGCGUACCCAAGUAGUUUCCUUUUAAAAUCCUGAUCUCAAAUCCCACGUGCAGCAGCCGCCGGAGAAGAUGGUGGCAGAGAAAGAGGGCGUAAGCCCCCCCAAGCAGAGACCCCAGCAGCUGCAGGAGCCGCUGCGACACGCAAGAAGAACGAAGAAGCAGGUCAGCGAUGGAUUCACCAUCAAAGCGAUGAUGAAAAACACCGUGGUGAAAGGUCCUCCAGCUGCAGGAGCGUUUAAAGAAAGACCAACGAAGCCCACAGCAUUUCGCAAGUUUUAUGAAAGAGGUGACUUCCCAAUUGCCCUUGAGCAUGAUACAAGAGGAAACAAAAUAGCCUGGAAGGUGGAAAUUGAGAAAUUGGACUACCAUCACUAUUUGCCACUGUUUUUCGAUGGAUUAUGUGAAAUGCAAUUUCCCUAUGAGUUUUUUGCUCGGCAAGGCAUCCAUGACAUGUUGGAGCAUGGUGGAAACAAGAUCCUUCCUGUCAUUCCUCAGCUCAUUAUUCCAAUAAAAAAUGCGCUGAACCUUCGAAACCGACAGGUCAUCUGCAUCACGCUCAAAGUCCUCCAGCACCUGGUGGUGUCAGCUGAUAUGGUGGGGGAAGCUUUAGUGCCCUAUUAUCGUCAGAUUCUCCCUAUUUUAAACAUCUUUAAGAAUAAGAAUGUUAAUUCUGGAGAUGGCAUCGACUACAGCCAGCAGAAGCGAGAAAAUAUUGGAGACUUGAUUCAGGAGACACUGGAAGCCUUUGAGCGCUAUGGUGGUGAAGAUGCUUAUAUAAACAUAAAAUACAUGGUCCCAACUUAUCAGUCAUGCCUGUUAAAUUAACAAGAAUGAUGCCACUAGCAUUUUCCAGCUCUGUCAAAUGUUUUAGUAGUCAUUCCAUCCCCUCCCCCCCAAUCUACUAAAAAAGCAGCUUCUGGGACCUUAGACUCUUCAGUACAAAUGUGAGCCUGUCUUUCCAAUACAUAAAUAGUGCCUGUUUCUUGGAUUACAAUGGUGUGCUGUGCUUAUUUGUUUGGUGAAAGAAUUGCUUCUUUAUCACAAAAGCAGAGCGGAGCGGGUGUCAGAGUCAAACCUUCAUUUGUACGGACAAUAAAACUAUA